UAUCAUUGGAGAUAUAUAUAUGGAGAUCAAUGGGCAUAAUCAUAAUAACAACACAAUGCACGGGACAACAACGCACGGAGUCUGAUUCUGUCGCUCCUUACCGACCCUCUUCUUAUUACCUGCCGAUUUUGCCGUCUUCUAUUUCUUGCACUUCUGACCCAGAAGUCAUACAUCAGCCAGAAUCUUCGAAGAUUGAAAAGCUAAACUUGCGGGUGAUGGUUUCUGCGGAAAGCUUUUUCUUGAUGAUUUCCUUCAGAGGCUGAUUUAAUCAGGGCCUGGAAAUGAGCCACGAUUCCCUAAGUCUAAGACGGUGCUGGAUGUUCUUCAAGAAGAUUGGAGGGACAGCAUGAAGCACGGAACAGGAAACAAGGCUUCAUGAGUUUACCAGUUACCCCUCAGGGAGGAUUUCAUGAGACGUGACCUCACACGAUGAAAGAGGAUAACAAGCCCAGCAAUAUCGCAUGUGCAUCGUUUGUGCCGCAUCGCUUCAAGGCCACACAGUGCGGCCGAUGCUUCAAGUCUCACGCCCAGCACAGGCAGUUCAUGAGAGGGAACAAGAACGGCCAUGCCCAAAUCAUGGACCUUCAUGCCAACCAUGUUGCCCGAGAUUCUUCAUCAGACGAGGACAGGCCGUCCAGUGCAAAGCUAGUGAUCAUGAACGGCAGGUACUCACUGCUGGCUGAUGAGAGUGGUGAGAUCUCAACUGACUACUAUGCUCCAGACUCGGUGAUGAACACGGAGGAGGUGGGGCAGCCGGUUGAUGGCAAGGACACAAGACCACGACGGCAGAUCCCAAGAAAGUCAGCUGCUUGCAGGACAAGAGAAGCUGGUCUGAAGCGAUCUUCGCGGGAAAGUGGUCUCAAGUUAAACAUUCCUGUUGAUCAAACCCCAUUGAACAAUCUUAGUCUUGUUUCAGAUGCCCAUGAAAACAAAGAAGGCAAUGGAUUUGAUUCAGUGUCGGACAAUGGAAUUGAAAAUUACAGAGGCUCUGAGUUGUUCAGGGUUGUCAAACACAGUGGGAACGGUAGGAUCAGUGAAGGUGAAAAAAUCCUAAAUACAAGGGACAGUGCUGGGAUACAAUAUCGCAAGGCUGCCCGGACAUCACGCAAGUCAUCAAUCACUAUCUCCAAAACUGCCAGGGAAUCAAACUCGGAUUCCAAAAAGCUUCAGGAGUUCCAAGAAGUUGCCCGGAACCUCCGUCACGUUGCCAAUCCAUAUCUGGAUCUUAACGAAUUGAAUGGAAAUCAUUGCCAGACUGUGAGCAGAAGUCUUUCCAUUUCGGACAGUGACACAAGUCCGCCAUUGAACAGACAGGACCUCGAAGAGAGACAAAGGACAAUUGAAGCAAAGACCAUAGAGGAAUUUGCCAAUACAGCAUUUCAGACUUUUUCGGGUCAUAGUAAGCAUGAUACUUUGCCACGAAACCUAGGCACAGUGGUUGCUAGACCAUCAAUUGUGAAUGGUAGCAGGCAUCAGAGACAAACAUCAGAUCCUGAGGUGUUCCUGCCUCUUGAGAAGGAAGAGAUGCAAGUAGUGUCAAUAUCCACCAAUGAAUCCCCCAGGUCUCGGGACCUUACAGCCAAGAAGCAAGUGGUAAGAAGCAGUAAGAUAAGCUCUGAGAUAUUCUUUGGUAUAAGUUCUUCGUCAGUCCCAAAGCAGAUAAGCUCAAGGCGAAAUGACAACUCCCAAGAAGACAUCAAGGCUUUUCUAGAUCACCCAGAGAAACCGGUGAUGAUUGUGGCAGCGGAUGGAAGCAUCUCUCAUUACCGAGGAUCAGUAGAGACAUCCCUUGAGAGCAACGACUCAAAAAACGAGCAGCAAGAAAAGAGGCUUUCCCCUUCUAGGCAUCUCGCGAAACCUUAUAAAGUUGUGGAUGUGCUGCAAAAACCGCCUGAGCAUCCACCAGACGUUGAAUUUCCUGCAUCCCCAAAACUCCCCCUUAGUCCCUCACCAAGGUAUAUGUCUUCUGACCACAGUACGCAGCAAAACUCGGAAGUUUUUGGAACCAAAGACCUGAAAUCUCCUCUUAGUGAAGCUGAUGGAGACAUCACACCACCCUUUCCUAUUCUCUUGUCUGAAACUGAAUCAGAAACGAGUCAGAAGUCUGACAAGAGGAGACACUCGAACUCUUCAAAUUACAAAGUCCCAAUUUUCAUCAGUCCUAAAAACUAUGACAAUGUGGGAACAGUUUUAUCGGACAUGGAGUCGGCCAAAAGCGAUCUUGCAAAGGACACUCCGGAAAUGAGUGGGGAAGAGAGUUACGGAUACUUGACCCCCCUACGUCCUAUAAUGGAGAUGAAACAGGUUGAUAAAGAAAUCCCACCUGUUCCACCUGUUAGGACCACUUCUGAUACUCAGCUGCAUUUGUCUGAAGUUGAGGAAAAGUCGAUGAAUCCAGAGAAGUAUAAGCAGAAGGUGCAGCCCAGGAAACCCCGAAGGUUCCAGGAGCAGAACUCCAACAACUCUCAGUCCAGCAACGAAUCUCGCUGGCGGUCCAAGACACACCCACUCGGUGAAGAGCCUUUGUAUGCAAAGGUAAAUGUUCAGGCCAAGAAACCCAGUUCCCCUGUGGCCAGAUCAAACACUGAUGUUGGAAAGUCUAAGCAGAAGCGUGUUGCCCCACAGCCUCCUAACGGGGACAUCCAAGAUGCCAUUUAUGUCUUGCCUGAUAGUCUCCCCCGUGGCCUUCCACCUCCCCCUCCAAACAAGGGAAUAAGGCGAUCUGGUGAGAUGGAUCUUUCUGAGGCUUCCCCUGUCAGGCCAGGGAAGCCCACAGCUCCUUCUCCACCAACUGAAGCUCAGUUUGGAUCAGUCUAUGAGGCCAUGGAUCGUAAAACAAGCCCCACUAAGACGGCUCAUAAUGAGACCGCUACUAGUCCAGUAAAAGUUACCUCUGGUAGUCGAGUUCAAAGUACGCCUAGACAAACUUCCCCUGUGACACAACGAAGAACUCAGUCUCCACAAGGUAGGCAACCACCAAUAACCAAGGGAAAAGUUCAAAGCCCUACUCAAAAGCGGAAAUCUGUCCCUGAAUCCAAAGGAAGAAAUUCCCCUCCCCAUUCCACGUCCCCUGUGGCCACCCUUCCACGUCCCCUGUCACCUCCUAUUCCCUGCACCCGCUUAGAGGUUGUGCAGUUACCCGAUAGCUCCCCGCACCCAAGUCCAAAUAACAAGGAGACUAAGUCUAAAAGGUCCAAGCUUCCAUGGAGACGGAGGAGGAAACGGGAUGAUCGAGGGAGCCCUGAGAGGGACUUUGAUGCCACCGUGGUUGAGAAAUGGCUUGAGAGUGUCCAUCAGUUAAGGUUAGAAGAAGAUGCCCAGAGGAACUCCAUGGAUCGGAUGGAUGUAAUCAACGCCUACCGGGGAGAAAGGACAGCUUUCAUCGAUCACUCUGACCUGCAGUCACCAAGUCUCAGCACCUCCCCUGAGCAAAAUGCUGAUGACUCAGACGGGUCAGGUGUCCGAAUGCGGGCCAACUCCUCUAACAAACGAAGAGCUCCUGAACCACCUGCAUCAGGCAGGCCAGCAAGUUGGAUGGCAGGCACUCUUGACUCUCCAAGUGGUUCCACAGAAGACUUCCUACCCCUGCGGAAGAGUUCUUCCUUGUCACCUCGAAGUAGGAGAAGAGCAAGUUACGGUGACACUAUGGUGCAGUACGAAAAUACAGGAGUACUUCGUCAGAGACAGAAAAGGCAUGCCCCUCCCAAGCCAGAACGUAGACGGCGCAACAUGACAACAGGCUUUGAGAAUUUACCAUCCAACAAAGAAUCAAACGUCAUACCACCUGGCUUUAUGAGACAAACUUCAUCAGACCCGGAUUUCACCAAGACGUAUGACCUGCUGCCAGGUGCUCAACCAAUCGUAUCGGCAGGAACGUCUCCUCUGAAAUCAGCGCUGAAAACCCCUCGCUCGUUUGAAACAAAGAAGGCGGAGGGUGACACUCAGGCUCAGCCCAAACGCCCUGUGAGGAUCAUUGCACCGCAGAAGAGCUCGGAGAAGGAGCCCUCGUUUGUGAACAUCUACAGCAAUAUAGAGAUCAAGCAGAGGGGACUGGGAACCUCUGAGGCUAAGAAGUCCGCCACUUCGGUGAUGUUCACUGUGGAUGCUGAAACACAGUGUGCAUGGACAGCACCAGUGGAGAAUGGAGAAGAGUCCAGUAACUCAGUGGGGGAUCCUGGCAUCUGCAAGGACAUUUCUGACAUCAACAGGAUGGCUCUAGCCAGGCUAGCCGUGGCAGCACCAGGGCAUGCUGGGAUCGAUGAGGCUGAUGUUGGCGUGAUGAGACCUUGGGAGGAACCCCAUCUACUUGAGGAUCAACCUUGCUGUACUGUACCAGGUGGAGCCUUCUACAGGAUUGCUCAUCCACAGCAAGAGAACGUGGUCUCCGCUGUGAUGAUCGGUACAGAUGCUACCAAAGCAUCUACCCUCCUUCAUGUUGCUCAGUGCAUCCAGAUGAUAUCAGCUCAUCCCAAUGUCUUAAAUAUCUGCCAUGCCUCAAUUGAACCAGUCCGGCAUCACAUGCUUAAGGCAACCGGCAACCAAUCAAAAGUUGGUCCGAAGGAGACGUCCAACGGCCAGAAUGGGGAGAGGGUUGAAACAGCCGUGGUCGUGACGGACAAGGCCCCAGUAACUCACAUUAGGAACUAUGUGAGCCACAACAGAGAGAUGCAUGAGUACCUCCCAGAGAAAUAUGAGCACGACGUCACUCUGCUGCUGCUUCAGGUACUCCAGGGACUCCAGCACCUGCAGAUGCACCGGGUAUGUCUGAGAAGUCUUAAACCAGACGACUUGCUGCUCGUCGAUUCAAGCCUGCCUGGUGGAGGAUCAUUACUUCAGAUCAAUCUCCUCAUGAGCCACCUCCAGCGAGAAUCACAGGGGGACAGUCCCGGGGACAUCUACGGAUCGCCUGAACAACUCGAGGAGAAGAUUGCAGAAUUUGACGUCGGGCUCCUGGUGUACGAGUUCCUCCACCGGACUAACCCAUUUGCCGUCAAGACAAGUUUGAUCACGCAGGAGUACAAACCGGCCCACUUGCCGCCCAUCCCAAUUAGAUCCAGGUACUCCCAGGGACUCGGCCGACUUGCCGGGGAGCUCCUGAGGAAAAAGUCCUCGGAUCGGCUGGGGACCAGUCAAGCCAUCAACAUGCUGCAGUGUUUGUUAUGGGGCCCACAGGCUGACCUCCUGCAGGGAACCAGCUCACAGGAGCGAGUGUUACAGGACUGGAUGGCCACUGAGCAAGCUAGGAAGGUUGCCAGUAUGUGUCAGUAUUGCAUUCCGGGUGCCAACAGUAACGAUACAGGGUAUUCCCUUACAGACCAACUACACUGUCAAUUUCUGAGUGACAUGUCUGUACAAAGUCUUUCAGAGAGUAUGAAACUUCUUUAUCAAUGAAUACUACCAGUUUACCAGUGAUAACAAUAAGUUCAAGGCAACCCCUUAUUUCAGUAAAAACUCCUUUUUUUAUAUAUUUUCAUAACUGACUAAAUGUUCUGUGAAAGCCGGCUUUCCAUCUGUACUUAUUAUAUUAUUUCAAAACAUGAACAAAUUCUUAAAAUACGAAAACAAGUGCCUCUCUUCUGUUAGACUCUUCCCCAGUGGUUUUCUUUUUAUUCUGUGUCAUUUGUAACUGAAGUGGAAGGCUGAAAUGUGAUUUUUUUUUUUUUAUUUUAAAUAAUUUUAUGGAACAGUAAUGAAAUCAGUAAGAUAAAGGCAAUGAAAUAUAUACAAAUUCAAGAUUAGUUUUUAACUGUACAUGUACUUAUUAUAAAAAGAAACUUGACGUGAGCACCAUUCAUCAAUUUAAAAUGGUGCUUGUACCUUAGACAGUUAUUUCAUGUUAGAUACACGUACGUAGCUAAGUUUUUGUACAAUAUCUCUUUGUUCAUUUCUGUUUUGCGUAGCUGCUGUGUUUUAUUAUGUGCAUAAGAUUGUUAGUAAUUAUCCAACUUGCCAGAUUUUUUUUUAAAGCCAUGUUUAUCUUUGCUAAAUAUUUUGCUGUGAGUGGAAUAGUUCUGUUUGUGCAAAAGUCACCUGAUCACAUGACCCUUGCGUCUUCUACAUGCAAUUUUAACUAAAAAUCAAAUUCAUUUGGACUUUGAUGAGAUGUGUGAAGUGUUGCGUCAACAGUGUUCACUCCGUGUCUUUGCCAAUUUUAAAUCACUCUUAACUAGCAUCCAAUUGUGACCUGGUUCAAAUUUCUUGAAGCUGCUGAACACAAGUUUUCUUAGCAUGGAAAAAUUAUACCACUCAAAAAAAGUUUAUAUUCUAAUUGAGUUGAGCAUUGUUAAGCGUGAUUUCUUGCUUUGUUGUAACUUAUCACAGCAGCUUUGUGCAGAAAAAAAAUAAAUGCAUACACAAAGUCAUGCAGUACAUGUAUUAUGCAUAAAUCGAAUGAUAAAAAAAAGUUAAAAACCUGGUUUGGAGAAGAAUGUUAUAAACAUAAAUAAUGCUUAAUCCCUCCUCAAUCCUCCAAAAUCCUCCUGCCGGUUUUGGAUGAUUUUAGAGGAUUGAGGAUGAAUGGCAAAGAUGUAACUCUUUUUUGUGGAGGAUGCAUUAUGUUGAGCCAGUAGGCCAUAUCCUGCAUUGGUUAUGUUCAGCCAUGCAUAAAUCAGCCCUGUGUUUUUCUCGUAUUUACUCUGCACUGCUUCUAAACGCCAUUCGCACUGCCUCAAACCAUAGCCGUAAUUGGCAUAGGAUUUUGGAGGAUUGAGGCAGUGGUCACCCUCCACAGACUAAAUUCAAGAAAAUAAUGGAUGAUUUUGGAGGAUUGAGGCUGAAUCUAAUUUUUUAUUGGUGGCAAUCGCAGGAUUUUGCAGGAUUGAGGUUGCAUCCUAGCCAGAGGGCCUAGGUGGUUAGAGUUAAUUUCACUGGGUAUAUAAAAUUAGAUUCUCCACAUUUGUUGCUGGUUCCAACAAGUGAUCCUAAACAGUACUUAAAUGUACCAUGUACAUGUAUGUAUGAACGUUUUAUAUGAUCAUUUUCAAAGUCAUAGUGGUUAUUUGAUUUUAGCCUAUUUGUAGUGAAUGCAACAACUGUAAUGUUUCGGUUAUUAGACUCUGUACUGAAAAUGUGUGAAACCACUUUGUUCUUGAUAAAAAUUGUGACGUGGUAUGUCAAAACCAGGCAGAAUCAGGUAGAGCUACGAAUGAAGAAACGGCUGCAAAAUGACAGGUCAUUUUCAGAUUUUUUUACAUUCGUGAUGAUGCUGAUUAAAACAUUUUAUGUAAGUUUCAAACUGACAUUUCAUGGACAAAUUAUUUUUGGACACAAAAUGACACUUUGUUCAAGAUUUUGUUCUGAAAUGACUAAAAAUGCACGUAACAUUUCAGACAGUCCGAUUUCAAAAUUUAAUAACUUCGUUUUAGAAUAUCCAGUUUCAAAAACCAAAGCAGCUUUUGAAAGAACAAGGUGUAUAUUUACUAAUAUUGCAUUAACUCAAAAUGACUUCUUGCUCAAAAGUGCCCGAGUUUGACAUACCACGUCACAAAAUUUAUGUCUGAAGCAUUGAAAAUUAGGAUUACACAUUUAAAGCAAAUGCCGCCGUGUUGGCCAUAAAAAUGCC